AUGUUUUACUAUGGACCUGAUGGUUACAUGGGCAAGCAUCGGAAACUGAUGCCAACAGCGUUAGAACGAUGUCUUUGGGGAAAUGGUGAUGGGUCAACGAUGCCGGUGUUCGACACGCCGUUAGGAAAGAUUGGAGGCGCGAUUUGCUGGGAAAAUUACAUGCCCAUGUAUCGCGUUACUCUCUACAACAAAGGAAUUGAGCUGUACCUGGCUUGCACUGUGGAUGAUCGUGACACUUGGCUGUCUACUAUGCGAACGAUAGCACUUGAAGGCAGAUGUUUCGUUAUCUCGUCUGCUCAAUUCAUGACAUCAUCGGCUUACCCAGAGGGUCAUCCGAUGCGUGUAAAACACGGCAACGAUAAGGUUCUGAUUCGAGGCGGUUCUUGUGCAGUUGAUCCUCUAGGAACGAUUCUUGUUGAGCCCGACUUCACCAAAGAACUCAUCCACUAUGUGAACGCAGAUCUUUCUCGAAUCGCUUGCGGUAAGAUGGAUUUGGAUACUGUAGGCCAUUACAGCCGCCCGGAGGUGUUCCAGCUAAUCGUCAAUGAAAAGCCAUGCGAUGCUGUGAUUAUACCGAAAUUAUUCAACACCAAGCUUAACAGAUACAAAUAUUGA